AUGCCCAAAGACAACUUCCCAUUGCCGAGAAUCAACCAACUUGUGGAUUCCACUUUUGGCAAUCAGCUGCUCAGCUUCAUGGACGCCUACUCCAGCUAUAACCAAAUCUUGAUGCACACGGAUGAUAAGGCGAAAACUUCGUUCAUCAUCGAGAGAGGGACCUACUGCUACAAGGUCAUGCCCUUUGGGCUGAAGAACGCCGGAGCAAUCUACCAAAGGCUAGUGAAUAAAAUCUUCAAGGAGCAAAUCGGCAAAACUAUGGAGGUAUAUGUGGAUGACAUGCUGGUCAAGGCCCCAAAAUGUGCAGAUCACCUCAAAAACCUCGCCGAGGCAUUCAGCCUGCUUCGCCAGUAUCACAUGAAGUUGAACCCAAGUAAAUGCACGUUUGGUGUAUCCUCCGGUCGAUUCUUAGGAUACUUAGUCACACAACGAGGAAUCAUGGCACACCCACGUCAAAUCAAAGCCAUUCUCGAGAUGAAGUCGCCUUCCACAGUGAAGGAAAUACAAAGUCUGACGGGCAGAGCAGCGGCCCUCAACCGAUUCGUCUCGAGAUCAAUCGACAAGUGCAAACCAUUCUUCAAAGCUUUGAAGAAAGGACAAAAAGACAAAUAG